UUUUGUGCGUGGCAGCUUCAUUCAUCGAACAGAUUAAUAGUAAUACGGAAGAAAUCCACAGCUGAAGCCCCACGUGAUCCGGCCCGUCCCGCAGCCGGGCUGCUCCCGCCACUGGUCCGGGCAGCGGGCCUCCUCCCAGUGGACGUCCUGGCCGUUUCCACCACACCAAAGGAUGCGCCGACUUUAGUCACAACAACAUAAAAACGACCACCUCUCGUUUAAAACUGAACAACUGUCAUGGCGAUGUGAAUUAACUCUCCGGAUUUACCUUGCCCUUCUAUUUGUCUUGGAAGGAAUCGAGUGCUCAUGGAGAGUUCUGGAGGUGACAUCAAGGAUGCUAGACAUCAAUAUGAAGGUGCUUUAGUGAUUCUUGAUGCAGGAGCGCAAUAUGGAAAAGUAAUCGACCGGCGUGUGAGAGAACUUUUUGUGCAGUCAGAAAUCUUGCCGUUAGAGACGCCUGCUUUUGCAAUCAAAGAAAAUGGUUUUCGAGCCAUCAUUAUAUCUGGGGGGCCAAGUUCAGUCUAUGCAGAAGAUGCACCCUGGUUUGAUCCAGCAAUAUUUACAAUUGGGAAACCUGUUCUUGGAAUCUGCUAUGGCAUGCAGAUGAUGAAUAAAGUUUUUGGAGGUACAGUGCACAGAAAGAAUAUGAGGGAAGAUGGUGUGUUUACAAUCAAUGUGGACAAUAGUUGUUCACUAUUCAGAGGUCUACAGAAAGACGAGCUUGUGUUACUCACCCAUGGUGACAGUGUGGAUAAGGUGGCAGAAGGCUUCAAAGUUGUUGCACAGUCUGGAAACAUUGCAGCAGCAAUAGCAAAUGAGUCCAAGAAGCUCUAUGGUGUCCAGUUUCAUCCAGAAGUAGACCUGACACAGCAUGGCAAAGAUAUUUUGAAGAAUUUCUUGUUUGACAUAGCUGGUUGCAGCGGAACAUUCACAGUCCAGAAUAGAGAAGCAGAAUGUAUACGGGAAAUUCAAAGGAAAGUUGGACAUUCCAAAGUUCUGGUUUUGCUGAGUGGAGGUGUAGAUUCUACUGUGUGCACUGCCUUGUUGAAUAAGGCUCUGAACCAAGAUCAAGUUAUCGUUCUUCACAUAGACAAUGGUUUCAUGCGGAAGAGAGAGAGCCAGUGCGUGGAAGAAGCCUUGAGGAAACUUGGUAUUAAAGUCAAAGUGGUUAAUGCAGCGCAUGCAUUCUACAAUGGGACAACAACUCUUCCAAUUUCAGAAGAAGACAGAACUCCCAGGAAGAGAAUAAGUAAAACCCUAAAUAUGACGACAAAUCCAGAAGAGAAAAGAAAAAUAAUAGGAGAUACUUUUGUGAAGGUUGCAAAUGAAGUAAUUGGGGAAAUGAAUCUAAAACCUGAAGAAGUCUAUCUUGCCCAAGGUACUUUGAGGCCAGAUUUAAUUGAAAGUGCAUCCAUAGAGGCAAGUGGGAAAGCAGAUGUCAUCAAAACUCAUCAUAAUGAUACUGAAUUAAUCAGAAAAUUGAGAGAAGAGGGUAAAGUGAUAGAGCCACUGAAAGAUUUUCACAAAGAUGAAGUCAGGGCAUUAGGUAGGGAACUGGGCCUUCCUGAAGAUCUUGUUUCAAGGCACCCAUUUCCAGGCCCUGGUCUUGCUAUUAGAAUAAUAUGUGCUGAUGAGCCUUAUAUUUGCAAGGACUUUGCAGAAACUAACAACAUUCUGAAAAUAGUAGCUGAUUUCUCUGCUAGUGUGAAAAAGCCACACACUUUACUUCAGAGGGUCAAAUCCUGUACAAGUGACGAAGAACAAGAAAAGUUGAUGCAAAUUACAAGUCUGCAUUCGCUCAGUGCUUUUUUGAUGCCAAUUAAAACUGUUGGAGUACAGGGUGACUGCCGAUCAUAUAGCUAUGUUUGUGGAUUAUCCAGUAAGGAUGCACCACACUGGGAUUCCCUCAUGUUCUUGGCCAGACUUAUUCCACGAAUGUGUCAUAAUAUUAACAGAGUUGUGUACAUUUUUGGGUCACAGAUCCGAGAACCCAUUACAGAUGUAACACCAACUUUCCUAACAACGGGAGUGCUUAGCACGCUUCGGCAGGCUGACUUUGAGGCUCACAACAUUCUGAGAGAGUCUGGUUUCUCUGGGAAAGUUAGUCAGAUGCCAGUUAUUUUAACUCCAUUGCAUUUUGAUCGUGACCCACUCCAAAAGCAACCAUCUUGUCAGAGAUCUGUAGUGAUUCGGACCUUCAUUACAAGUGAUUUCAUGACUGGCAUCCCAGCAACUCCUGGUAACCACAUUCCUGAAGAGGUUAUUUUAAAAAUGGUGAGGGAAAUCAAGAAGAUACCUGGAAUCUCCCGUGUCAUGUAUGAUUUAACCUCAAAACCACCUGGAACCACAGAAUGGGAGUGAAUAAAAUAAUUUUUUUCUGGAAACAUUCCCAAUAUUAACAGUACAGUGAAAGUGUAAAUGGAGCUGCUACUUUGCACCUUUUUUUACCCUCACCCAACCUUGGAGCCUGGUGUGUAAUUCAGUGUUUCGCAAGGACACAUUUCAGUGGACUAAGGAUAUGUACGGGUAAAUGAAUUCAGCAUCAGAUUGUCCUUGUAAAAUGGUUCAGCUUUUCUUGAUGUAUUUUGAUUUUCUCUAAAUAAUUUUUUGUAUAUUCUGAAAUGAAGUUCAUUUACAGUACAUUUACUUAAGCCAUUGUGUCAUUGCAAAGCUCAGUUAUUAGUGUGACCAAUUUUCUUUUUGAUCAGAUCUGUUAAAAGUAUUUUGCCAAAUAAUAGAUUGUAUUGAUAAACUUAGGUGUGUUCCAGUCUAUAUAAAACUUUUGAUGGCUUAUAAUUGCAUUGUUCUAGAUGAACAAGUUACCAGCUGUUUGGCUUUAUCAUUAUAAUCUUGGGAACGGCUGAAAGGAAUGCACUUGUGAUUUUACACUUGUGAUUUUAAUGGGCUAUUGAACUUUUGAAGUGUUUUAUUUUUGCCGAAAAUCCUGAACAUACACAUGUUUUUGGAUGGGUAUCAAUAGCUAACUUUAUUGUACUGUACAUAUUUCCUAAUUUGGUGAACAAAUUUUAUUUGAUGUAUAAGAGGAUUAGCAUUUUCCAAAAGCAGCCUUUUUAAUGUAUCAUUUGACAAUUUUAUAUCUAUUUUAUGAACUGAACUACUGUUUCAUUCUAUGAAAUAGUUUCACUUUGAUACCUAUCUUGAUGAGUUUAUCAACAUAAUACAUAUGCUAGUUGUUGUCUGUUGCCUUAAUUUGAUCACUUGCAUAUCCCACAGUCAGAAAUUGUAAUUUAUAACUGUAAACUUUGUCAAAUUAAUGAAUUGGUGAGACGAAGUUCUGAAAUUUCCAUACAACAGUAACUUUGUUAAUAGCACAAUGUAAAGGAUUUCUUGUUUUGAGUUUACUACUGAAGUAUUCAUGAAAAUCUAGUCUGUUUGGCAGAAUUCCAAUUGUUUACCCUCCACAAAAGCUCCAUCAAGUUUGUUAUAACCGGAAUUUUACAAGUUUAAAAAAAACUUAAUCUGUCUACCUUGAUAUUUCUAUGCAUUAUUUAAUCUAAAUUGCAUUUAUGCAUGUAUAAAAGUUAAUAUUUUAACGCAUCUAAAAUUUAAAGAACUUGUAUAAUUAAAUUUUGUGACUUUAAACCUUUAGCAGCUAAGAUACAGACUAGUAGAUUGAAUGAACUGUUUAAUCAAGUUGCUUUAUCGUUCACCUGUUUGAGAAAGCAGAACUAGCACCAAAGACUUUAUUUGUGAGGUAUUUUUCAGUUUACUUCACUUAGUAGCUCCUGGAAGUGGUUGUUUGUCACAGUAAAAAUUAGUGAUUUCAUGCCAAUACAUGAAACCUGAUUUAUUUUGAUGUCUGAACAAUCUGAUUACAAUGUUGCUGAGACUGCCAUUUUAUAACAGCUAGGUUAUUCAUCAUGCUUCUGAUGUAGCAACAAUUUUUAUUUUGGUGGUGGGGGGGGGUGGGGGUGGUGUGGAAUCAUGAGUUAUAAUAUGGCUGGGAGAGGUUAUUCAGCCAAAAAGGCCUCAUCAAAUUUCUGAUAUGGUUCCUUAAAAACAAAAUGCCUAAAUCACAGCAUUUGUCAGUACUCCAGUCAAUUGUCUUUCUGGUUACAGCUAAUUGUUCAAAUUUUAUAGUAGGCACAAAGUAAGAAUUUUAUAUUCAAGUUUUAUGUCACCAAUGUUGAGAAAAAUGUAAGUUCAAAUGAGUGAACCUUGCCAUUAAAAAUGACUGACCAAUGAUUUUGUUCUGGGAUCUCCAUGUUAAAUAAUGAAAUGAAACAAACUGCCUUCUUUUCAUGAACCAGAUGGGCAUAAAGCAAGAAAAUGGUUAUUUUUGACAUACGCUUCAAAGGCAUACAUCUGUUUUGCAUCUUUGCUGGAAAUGAGAUCUAUUGGUCAACAUGCAAAUAACUUAAGUGACUUAAGUCAGUGUAUAAAUAUAUAUAGGUGCUGCUGUAAACUAUUUUUAGUAAUUCAUUUUACUGCAUGCAUAUUUCCUAUCUACAGAUUCUGUUUAUUGUUGCGUCUCAAUAAAGUAUAGUAUUAAAACGUU